GAAUAACCUAUAGUAGAUGUGGUCUCUGAAGCAGUUAAAGGCUACUACUCUAUUUCAAACAGUCAGUUGGGAGUCGAAGACACUCAGACAAGAUCAACACAAGGAAAAGUUGUGUGCAGUUGUUGUGUGACCAUGUGGACGCCAUGUGCUGCAGCCAGACCUCGACCUUCUUCAUCGAGUCAGAAUACCAUCUCUGAAGUCAUUCUCCAGUCAACCAAGGAGAAUUUCAUCAAGACAUUAAUCUGAGAUGGCAUUGAACACUCGCACAAUGGCUGAGACAUAUACUCCCCAUCAAGAAGAGAAAUGAUGCUGACGAGCAAGUGAAAUGAUGUCUGUCUUCAUCAUGCUUGCACUGCUUGUGAUUUUUAUUGCCGUUUCACAAGGCCUUGCAGAUUUGAAUCCUUCUGAUGGAGUCAGCGAUGGUGUUUACGAAGACCUGAAGUGGAAAGCUCUCCUGUGUUGUGAUCAUCCUGUUCAGACGCUUAACAGUGGUCUUUCAGAACACCCACCCGAACAACACUGCCAACUGCUAAAUGCUACAAAACAACAGUCUUUUGGAAGCUGUUUGGACAUCCUGUGCUGGCUUGAAGGUGAACGGGAAAAUUUGAUUUGUAAUGCAAAGACCCGUAGAGCAGCAGCAGCUUCCACUCUGGUCAGCGUCAGCCCUCAUCAAUUAGUUGUACAGAUGGAUGUACAUUCAGAUGAAGCAAAUUCCACUGCUCAGUGUGUUGGAGAAGAGACUGCCAUCUGCUCCGUUUCUCUUCACGGCGGGGAUGCAACAGUCUCAUUAGUUAUAAUUAUAUCUGAGAAUGGGACCACUGCACAAUCACAGAAGAUGCAAGUCAGCACAUAUGAACUACAAAGACCUGGCGCACCUGUCAAUCUGCAUUACAAUGUGACGACAGAAGGGGAAGUUAUAUUCAGGUGGACCGGCACACAACCUGACAACAACACUAUAAACUAUGAGAUCCAAUACUCAUCCAAUUCCUUGCUUCAGCAGUGGAAGGUAUUGAAGGUCAAAGGUCGUUCAUGGGUUGCUCUGAAUGAGCUCAGUUCUGACAUCAGAUACACGGUUCAAGUGCGCUGCCAAAACCAUCUCGGCUACUGGAGUGAAUGGAGCCAACCUUUCUAUUUCAAACUAGAUGUCAGUUACAUCCCUGCUGAAGUCUUCACAACGCAGGAGUCAGAGGUGACAGUUUACUCUGUGUUCCACAACCGCAGCUGGAGCGCCAGUAAAGCCGUGUGGUUUCUGAACGGCAAGAUGAAGAUACCAGAAAGCCAGUACAGAGUCAUCAAUGAGCAGGUCAGCACAGUCACUCUAAAGAUGGACAAAGCAGGAUUUGACACUCUGAUGUGCUGCCUCACAUUGGGAGAGAAAUCUAUGUGCUCCAUCGCCUAUGCCAAAAUAUACACAGAAGGAAGGUUUAACGCAAAUAUUACCUGCGAAAGCGAGUAUUCAUAUGUGGACACCAUGAUCUGUAAGUGGAAUCAGAGCAAUUGGGCACAGGCCAGACUCCUUUACAGACAAUACAGAUCAAAGUGCACUGAAGAAGCUGAAGAAGACACGUCUUUGGUGAAAGAGUGUCCAUCUAAAGCAGGAGAUCACAGACAGUGCACCUUAAGCCAAAUCAGCAUGAUCUUUUGCUAUAAAUUCUGGCUUGAAGUGGAAGGAGGACGUGGCCAAUCGUUUCCUGUCUACGUUACGCCUAUUGACUAUGUGAAACCGUCACCUCCCUUUGAUCUGGAGGCAAUCACUCUGCCGAGUAAAACCCUGAGUGUAAGGUGGAAACGCCCCUCUUUGCCUGUAUACGGCAUGCAGUACGAGCUGCAAUUCAAGGCUUUGGCUGGAAUGGCAAAUACGCAAUGGAAGGUCAUUGGUCCUCUAUUGGAACCACAGGCAGAGAUUCAGCUUGAGGAGUCCUGUGUUCACUUUAAAGUAGAAGUUCGCUGUAAAGACGUGAACGACACUGGAUACUGGAGCGACUGGAGCAAUAGUCACAUUUCCACUGUUUUCAACUUGAAAGCACCAGAGAUGGGACCAGACUUCUGGCGCAUUUUACAAGAGGAUCCUACUAGGAAUGUGACAAACGUUACACUGAUCUUUAAGCAGCCCAUUCUAGCAGGAGAUCCAAAUAGCUGCGUGGAGGGUUUAGUGAUUAAACACCAGGCCUCAGGUGGAGUCAUGUGGUCAAAUGAAACAACCUUGGCUCGGUUUCACUCAUUCCAGUGGAGGAAGGAAGCGCAUACAGUCACUGUGAUGUCUCGCAACGCUUUGGGCAUUUCCACAUGGAACAGAAACAUCACGCUCUUACGUCAAGCCAAACGGCGAUGUGUGCGUUCGUUCAGUGCAGUUGCAAAUGUGAGCUGUGUGCACCUCUCCUGGAGCCUGUUAUCUGAUCAGCCGGUGCCUCAGUCAUUUGUUAUUGAAUGGUUAGACCUGAACAAAGACCCCGAAAAGGAUGUGUCUCUCACAGAAAGAAUACAGUGGGUCAGGGUUGAGUCCAGAUCGAGAGAUCUUUCUCUUUGCCGUCGUUUUUAUGGCUCAGAGGAGUUCACCUUGUAUCCAGUGUUUGCGGAUGGUGAAGGGGAACCGGCUCGAUACACAGCUACAAGGGGUGAUCCUGCAGCGUAUAUACUGCUACUGAUCAUCGCCUUCCUGUCAGUGGUGCUGUUUGUCACACUGAUGAUGUCACAGAACCAGAUGAAAAAACUCAUGUGGAAGGAUGUUCCAAAUCCCAACAAGUGCUCUUGGGCCAAAGGAAUGGACUUCAGGCAGAUUGACACCAUGGAGAGCCUGUUCCCUCAUUCAGAGGGUCUCACUGCCUGUCCAUUGCUGCUUGUCUCCGAGAGCAUCUGUGAGGUUGAAAUCAUCGAGAAACCUCAUCCUCUUACCAUUGAAAACGUAAAAGACAAUGAAGAACUUCCCUCCGGGGACAAGACAACCACAGACUCUGGCCUUCAGGGAGACUCUUCUGAAGCUCUGGAAGCAUCUACUGCUGCUCCCACUCCAGAAACAUCAGGCCAGUCUUCAGUCACGUACUCCACCAUCCUCCUCUCCGACCAGCCCAGCCAACUCCAAAAGCAGCAGGAGAGUCUCAGCAGCUCCAGUGACGAAGGCAACUUCUCUGCCAACAACUCGGACAUUUCCGGCUCCUUCCCUGGAGGACUUUGGGACUUGGAGAACAGCAAUCCUCGCCAUUCCAGCUCCUACAACUCUGUGGAGGAGUUUUCGGAAACAUCAGAACCUGAUUAUGAAGCUUCGGAAAACACAGGUUUAGCUAAAGACCUCUAUUACCUCGAGAUGACCGGAGAGGAGAAAGAAGAAGAAGAAGAAGAAGAAGAAGAAGAAGAAGAAGAAGACGAACCAGAGGAGGGUCAAAGUAAGAAUAAAAGAGUGAUGGGUGUAAACCCCAGGCCUCUACUGGAAAGCCAAAAUUCCACAGCCAGCAAUUCCAAUAACAUGUCUCACAGCAUUCCUCUUUAUCUGCCUCAGUUUCGAAGUGAAUGUAUCAAUCCAACGUGAAAUAUUGAGUGGAGAGCAGCACCAUCUUGUGGUAACUUGAGAUAAUAUUGUUCUUCACUGGAUGGAGGUUCAUAUAAUGCCUGCAUCAAAUUGCUUUUCCCCCCCAAAUGAGAUUGUUUUUCUUUAAGCUUCAGGUAGCACUAUUUAAAGAAAUAAAUCUUGUUAAAUUGUGAUUCAAAAAGCAAUUAAUUAUUUUUAAGCUCCAGGAUUUCUGUGCUUUGUAAGGCUGCACAGUUUGGCUUAAAAUGUUAUCAUUUAUCACUAUACAUAAAAUAAUAACUAUUAUUACUGCUUAAUCAAUAUUAAACAAAAAAAUAAAUGUUUCAAUGGUAUUUUAACAAUGCCAUAAAAUAAAAAACAUUCUAUUUGAGACAAUAAUAGUACAUUUUACUUAUAAUAGUACUAAUAAUAAUUCCAACACAUUUUGGGGGGAUUCUCCUCAUCCACCACCAGUACAACAGUAACAAUAAAGCACUUUUUUUUUUCUUUUUUUUAUUCUCAAUCCAUCAGCUGCAGGAUAUUUUUGUUUAGUUGACAACAGCCUGCUUCUCAUUACAUGUUUGAGAAAAUGUUGGCACAUGGUGCAUUGUUUUUUUCACAGUGCAGGUUAAAAGUGAACCAAACUUACUGUAGAUCAGCUGCAGAGAUCAGUUUCUGCAUCAGUUUUUCCCAUGUGAAAAGUUCACUCUAAAGUUCAUUCUGAAGCACCAGCACAUAUCAUUUUGAUGACAAUUGCACUAAACUAUUUAGCGACAUCAGCUUUGUUUUUGAUUACCUGAGCAGUCAUAACCGUAAUUUACUCAAUCUGCUCCAAAAUCGACUUACAAUUCUUUCAGGAGUUCACACUUAGCUGAUGAUUGAUUAUAAUGCUUGUUUGGUAUGCCGUCCCUGGAGAGAGCCCUGAGCUCAUAAGAUCCUCGAGCCUGGGGCUCCCUCCCAUUUGCAAGGCGAGAGGGGAGUUUGAGCUCAGGUCGAUCAAGAACUCCCCUGCUGAAGUAGCUAAUGAACACAUAGUGAUUGCUCUUAAGAGAUAACUAUUUAAUAGGAGCAUGUCUAUAGUGCCAAUUUGGAUUAGUCAAUUAACUUAAAUUGAAUGUUUUUGGAUGGUGGGAGGAAAACAGGGAACCCAUAUAAGGAUGGGGAGAACAUGCAAACUUCGUAGAGAAACGUCAGCUGGCUUGGUAAGGACUAGAACCAGUGACGUUCUUCUUGCGAGGAAACAGUGCUAACCACUGUGCACCAUGCAACUCAUCUAGGAAGGGAAACGGAGUAGGCUGAAGAUAAUGAACAGAAGAUGGCUGUUAUAUGGAACUUAGGGUAUUUAUAGUGGCUUAGGAGUCGUCUGAUUGGUGAGUCAUAAAUUGGAUAAUGCGGGACCAGCUGGAAGCAAUCAUUAACAUGUGAUCCUCUCGAAAUAAGUUUAUAAAUAAACUUUACUGAGUAAAACAACUAAAAUGUUCCUUUUACGAUUUGACUCCAGAAAACUCUUUAUUUGCUUGAAUCAUCCCUGAUACAGUAUAUAACUUUGAAGGUUUACAGCCAGAUCUCCUGGCCUCAGCUUAUGAGUAUCCAAGCACAGUUUAAGCUCCAAAUGUCUCAUUGAUAGGUUGAUGAUCAGCCUGUCAUAUCUGAAACUCGCUGCUUUCCACCUUCAUCACAUGGAGCCUUUCAUAAGUGAAGUAAAAUCACACAAAGACCUCAUGAACUAGAAGGAAGUGCUUUAGCAGGAAGACUGAAGAAGGAAGGACCUUGUUUUAGCUCUCUCAGUAUGGUGGUUUCUGUAGCAGUCAUGGUUUUGUGGCUGUUUAUGGAAUUUUGGUGCUUCGUCAAGUCCAGGUUAUCAUAAGCAAAUGGACAUUUUAAAGAGGCGUCCAUCUAAAUAUCAGCUUUGUGAAUAAAAACCUUUCGUGUCUUCAUUCACAUCAGGCUUAUUCGCUUCAUAUGAAUGUAUAUUUUGUCAGUGAGGUCGGUGUUCUCUGAAAACUCAAAUAUUUUGAGUCUAAAAAAAUGUCCUCUAUUUUCAGUGUAUGGUAUUUUUGGAUGAAAUGGGGGUUGAGGGUAACCCGGUGAAUAAAACUGAUUAUAUAUGUCAAGAGUAUAUGUAAGAAUGUGUGUACAGUACUAUUCACGUAUUUCUUGUCUAUUUUUCUGGUCAGAAUAAACUAUUUAUUGCAAUUACG